AUGAACCCUCCAAAACCCUGCUGAGAGUAUAGAGCUGGUCCACUGUUCCACGGCCAGGGUGAAUACCACACUGCUCCUCCUGAAUCCGAGGAUCGACAAUCCGGUGGACCCUCCUCUCCAGGACCCCUGAAUAGACCUUACCAGGGAUGCUGAGGAGUGUGAUCCCCCUGUAGUUGGAGCACACCCUCUGGUCCCCCUUCUUAAAGAGGGGGACCACCACCCCAGUCUGCCAGUCCAGAGGCACUGCCCCCGAUUUCCACGCGAUGCCGCAGAUGCGUGUCAGCCAGGACAGCCCCACAGCAUCCAGAGCCUUGAGGAACUCCGGGCGAAUCUCAUCCACCCCCGGGGCCCGGCCACCGAGGAGCUUUUUGACCACCUCAGUGACCUCCGCCCCAGAAAUAGGCGAGUCCACCUCCAGGUCCCCACACUUUGCUUCCAUAUCGGAAGGCGUGUCGGUGGGAUUGAGGAGGUCUUCGAAGUAUUCCUUCCACUGACCCAAAAUGUCCUGAGUUGAGGUCAGCAGCGCACCAUCCCCACCAUAAAUAGUGUUGAUGCUGCACCACUUUCCCGCCUGGAGCCGCCGGAUGGUGGACCAGAAUCUCCUCAAAGUCGUUCUCCAUGGCCUCGCCAAACUCCUCCCACACCCGAGUUUUUGCCUCAGCAACCGCCAAAGCCGCAUCCCGCUUGGCCUGCCGGUAGCUGUCAGCUGCGUCUGGAGUCCCACAGGCCAAAAAGGCCCGAUAGGACUCCUUCAGCUUGACGGCAUCCCUUACCACCGCUGUCCACCAGCGGGUUCGGGGAUUGCCGCCGCGACAGGCACCGACCACCUUACGCCGUCAGCUGCCUCCACAAUGGAGGCACGGAACAUGGCCCAUUCGGACUCUGUCCCCCGCCUCCCCCGGGAUAUGGGAGAAGUCCUGCCGGAGGUAGGAGUUGAAACUCUCCCUGACAGGGGAUUCUGCCAGACGUUCCCAGCAGACCCUCACUAUACGCUUGGGCCUGCUAGGCCUGGCUGGCUUCUGCCCCCACCAGCGGAGCCAACCCACCACCAGGUAGUGAUCGGUUGACAGCUCCGCCCCUCUCCUCACCCGAGUGUCCAAGACAUGCGGCCUCAAGUCCGACGACACGACUACAUACAAAGUCGAUCAUCGAACUGCGGCCUAGGGUGUCCUGGUGCCAAGUGCACAUAUAAGUAUAAUAAGUAUGCCCACUCCCGCUCGGCGCCUCUCCCCGUGGGCAACUCCAGAGUGGAAAAGGGUCCAACCCCCCUCAAGGAGACUGGUUCCAGAGCCCAAGCCGUGCGUCGAGGAGCGGACCACCCACAGACCUCUCGGCUGUCUGCUUAUGAACUGACGGUCCCCAGGAGGAUAGAAAAGGAGAAGAGGGACCUGGGGAAUGUGGCCUCCGAUAAGGUGUCCUAUGUCAUCCAUGCUCAGGGGAAGGACCACAUUGUAGUCCUAGAGAAAAACAAUUUGCUUCUUCCCAAAGACUUCACCAUGUACUUUUACACCAAGGAUGGCUCUCUGAUCACAGAGUCUCCCUUCAUGGAGAAUCACUGUCACUACCGGGGCUAUGUGCAGGAUGUGGACGACUCCGCUGUGGCCCUCAGCAUCUGCUCUGGUCUGAGAGGCAUGCUUCACUUGCCUGGCGUCAGCUAUGGGAUCGAGCCUCUGGAGGAGUCCUCCAGCUUCCAGCACUUAGUGUACCGGCUGGAAGACGUGCAGGGUGAGCCUCUGGUGUGUGGGACACUCCCUGAAGACCAAGAGCAUGACCUGCAUGCCGAGCAGAUUCACAAGCUCCAUGCGCCCUCUAGUGGCCCCCUGCCCCGGAGGAAGCGGGCCGUGCUCCAACAGACCCACUACGUAGAGCUCUUCUUGGUGGUGGACAAUGAUAGGUUUAACUUCCGAAACAGGAACCAGACAGUGGUGCGGGAAGAAAUGGUCGAGCUCGCCAACUAUAUAGACGGCAUGUAUAAGGCCUUAAACAUCAGGAUUGUGCUGGUGGGACUGGAGAUCUGGAACCAGGGCAACCAGAUCAGUACAGACGGCAGCGCAGGUGAGGUGCUGCAUCGUUUCGUGCAGUGGAAGCAGCGGGACCUGUUGCCACGGCGCCGACACGACAGCGCCCAGCUCAUCCUGAAGAAGGGCUUCGGGAGCACGGCCGGGAUGGCCUAUGUUGGCACGGUUUGCUCACAGAGCCUCGGCGGGGGCAUCAAUGUGUUCAGCAACGUGAACACGCAGCAGUUCGCGUCCAUCGUGGCCCACGAGUUGGGCCACAACCUGGGCAUGAGUCAUGAUGACGGGCGGGGGUGCCACUGCGCUGUGUCCAGCUGCAUCAUGAACUCCGGGGCAACCGGUUCACGCAACUUCAGCAGCUGCAGCGCCGACGACUUCGAGAAGCUGAUACUGGGCAGCAGGGGUCGCUGUCUGCUGAACUCCCCCCGUCCGGAGGAGGCCUACAGCACCCCCUACUGCGGGAACAAGCUGGUGGACGUGGGGGAGGAGUGCGACUGUGGCACGGAAGUGGAGUGCAAGAACGAUCCCUGCUGUGAACCCAAGACAUGCAAGCUCAAAUCCUGGGCACAGUGCGCUGAUGGGGCGUGCUGCAAAAACUGCCGGUUCCUUUCGGCCGGCUCCAUGUGCCGGGCUACCAAUGACGAGUGCGACCUGCCUGAGUACUGCAACGGCACGUCCUCGGUGUGCCAGAGUGACAGCUACAAGAAAAACGGGCACCAGUGCAGAAGCGGAACAGCCUACUGCUACAACGGGAAGUGCAAGCACUAUGAUGGACAGUGUCAGGCAAUUUUCGGCCCAAAGGCCAAGGCUGCCCCGGAGGUAUGCUUUCACCACGUCAAUCUGAUGGGAGACCGCUUCGGGAACUGCGGCUUCCAGGGGAACAGCUACAAGAAGUGCGCAAGCAGCAAUGCCAUGUGUGGAAAGCUGCAGUGUGAGAAUGUGCAGAUGGGAACCAUCUUUGGCAUCGAACCCUCCUUCAUCCAAACGCCAGCCGGUGGGACCAAGUGCUGGGGCGUGGAUUUCCAACUGGGCUCCGAUGUCCCUGACCCAGGCAUGGUGAACGAGGGCACCAUAUGUGCGGAAAACAAGGUGUGCUUGAAUUACGAAUGUGUAAGUGCCGAUCUACUGAAAUACGACUGCGACACCCAACAGAAAUGCCACGGCCAUGGGGUGUGCAACAGCAAUAAUAACUGUCACUGUGACGACGGCUGGGCCCCCUCCGACUGCAAGAACAGAGGCUACGGGGGGAGCGUGGACAGCGGCCCCACAUGGAACGACAAGGACACCUCGACACGGGAUGGCCUGCUGGUCUUCUUUUUCCUGGUGCUCCCAAUGCUAGUCCUGGGGGUCUACGUCUAUCUGAAGAGGGAUGCACUACGGAGGCGAUUCUGCAGGGGCAGCAGCGGUAGAAACAGCAGAGGUGCGGCAAACAGCAACCGGAGAUCCCCCCAGAGGAACACCCCGGGCAAUAUCGUCAAGGAUGGAGUUGUGCAGACCAACAGAACAGCAUCCGUGCCAAGCUAUGCCCCACCUCCACGACGUCCACAACCACCUAUGAAAACGCAACUCGUGCCUCAAAGACAUGCUCCCCCACCUCCACUGUAAUCACAGUUGCUGCCCGUGGGGGUGGUUUAACACACUCUUCCCGCACACAUUUGGGUUGGCAGUCACUCAGAGACCACUUGGCAACUGAGCACCGAGUGCAAUAAGGAGCUGCACUGUCGACGAAAAUCGCAGAACUUCGGCCACUUGAUGACCUGGUAUGGCCUUAAGUGCAAGAAAUCGUACCUACGUAAUAAGACCGCUGCAAACUACUACCCCAUACUACCGUUGGAAUGUGAAAAUAUGUGAUUAGCACUUAAGUUAGUAGUACAGGGGAAUAAUCCAUCUUGUGUAUUAUGUACUAUUAUUGUAUGUGUGUUUUUCAUAAUUGUGUCUUUUUAAAAUCUUUUUAAUGAGCUUUUUAAAGUACCACUGGUUCUGCACUGGCUUGACUGAGGUCCAGCGUACAGACAUACCAGUCACAACAUUGCUGCACUUUGAUGUCCCAGAGUACAAUGCUGUUUUCUUUAUAUAAAAUUAUGCCAGAUCAAUUCCUGCUGUUAUACUUCCUUAAAUGUUGUUUUUUUUUUUUUUUGCUCAGGUUUCAACAUCAAAUUUUGAUUUAAAUUUAAAAUAAAGCCUUAAUAUAACAGAUUACCCUACAUUCUUGAACAUAAAUGCUCUGUUUUGUCUCACAACAGUGCUACAUUCAUGAGAUUCAGGUUUGUUUGAACUACUGUAUAUUUAUACAUUGUUUUAAGCAGACUGUCUGUCUCUUGGAUUGGACCAAAAGCCACGAAACCUUGUCCACUAUCAUACAGAUAACGAGAGACAAAUGAACGCUGAAAUAAAUGCUUUUUUAGACACAUUUUCACAUCUUGUGCUUCCAUCAUAAAACCCACACUUAACAGAUCAGACCUGAAGAUGCACUAUUUAUGAAAAACCUUUGGUCAUUUAUUCUCAUCAGGGGUGGGCACAGCUGUCCAAAAAGUUAUCUUCAUUAACUGCUAAUCCACUAACUCCAAAAUUUUAAUUCAAUAACACUACACCGAUUAAACCAGUAAAAAAAAUUAGCAGAAGCUAAUGAUAACCACUAACCAGCAACUUUUAUUAUAUGAAUUUAGUUUCAAUUUGGUAUUGGGUUCUGAAACCUUUAAAAAUAUCAGAUGAAAUUUGAACCUGUUUAGGAAUUUAGUUACACGGGGCUGGAGUGAUUACCUGGGGAUGUUUAGGAUUAACCUAAUUUGUGAUUGUUAAUUUAUUCCAGACACUGCAGAAUGCAGGAGUCCUUUUCCAUGACUGGCCCAUGCUGACAUUUUGCCCUUUGUAGACCACAAACAGCUUCGCUAACAUUGCACUGUUCACCCAGAACUAGGAAUGAGGGUCUUGGCUUUAGUGGUCUACGGCUCUGUCAAUCAGAACCUAGAAAAUAAUCAGGGGCCGAAGCAGGAUAACUUCUUGGCUAGCCAGAUAACUUGUAUUUAACAUAACAUCGGCUAAAUGUAAGUGUACGAAGAUAAAGUACAUUUAAACUAGGGUACCAGAAAUCUUACAAGUCAUGCGACUAUAAGCAAGAAAUCCAGCUUCAUGAUACAGGCCCCAGUUUUCCGCUUAGUUCAGGGUACAACAGUUUAAAUUGACUUAUCUUCUUUCACUUACAUUUAGCUCGGAUUACGUUAAAUACAGCAAGUUAUUGACCAGUCACAUCUUGUGUUUCCAUGUAGUCAAUCAACAGCAUGUCAGACUGUUGCAGACAGACUCGCAGCAAACCGGAACAAAUAUGUGUGAUUAUAGGAUUUACAAACAUUUUUUACUAAACUAAAUUUUGCGAACGCUGUUGGUCCACUAACGGUUUUCCAAUUUAGUGGAAAUGCUAAUCUGCUAAGGAAAAAUUUAGCAGUUCCCUUGAACAAAAUAUAUUGAAAUAAAUCAAAUGCUACUUUGACAUAUACUCUUGAAUGUAUCUAACUGAAAUUAAAUAUUAUUCAGUA